GUGAGGACCUGAGAUUUUCCACGCAUUUACGCAAAUGUUUUUGAAGUUUAUUCGAGCGUGACAGCUCCGUGAUAUCAGGCGUAAUCUGCGAGUGCGCGCAUCAGUGCGCGAGCACAGUUCUCAGCACCAAGGACAGCGUCUCUCACAGAGCAUCAGGUCACCCUUGACAAAACCUUGACUACGAUUCAAUCACGGCAAGAGCGGGAGAAGUGAACGCAGAUGACUACAGCAUUACUGCAAUACUGAUUUUUCCACCUUCACCUGAGAGAGAGAGACAGUGCAUGUGUGAGGCGACUAUCAACAGGAGCGAGCAUCAUUUUCCACAAAGGCGUGUUGACAUAGUUCUUGAAUAUGAACGGGUUUCAAGAGCGGAUUCAAUGAGUGAAGCCCAUUCCUCUGCGGAGUAGACUGAGGUGAUCGCAUUCCAGUGCUGCUGGAGAGGACGCAGUGACAGCGGAUCUGUCUAAUCAACGGACAUCGACACGCAUCCUCCACGGGGCACUCAGCUUGACUCCUCUGCCAUCCAGGGCAAAAUGCGUCUGGUUCUGUUCGCCUUCCUCAUCUCGUGCUCCUGCGCGAGAGGCGGAUGCGAACCCAAGACUGUGAAUAUCGGGGCUGUACUGAGCCAGAAGAGAUACGAACAAGUGUUCAAAGACGCUGUCACCCAAGCCAACAACAUAUACGGCAAAGAGAAGUUCAAGAUGAAUGCUAUUUCAGUCACCCAUAAGCCAAACGCCAUCCAGAUGGCACUCUCCGUAUGUGAGGAUCUCAUCUCUAACCAGGUGUAUGCGAUCUUGGUGAGCCACCCACCCCAGUCCAAUGACCAUCUGACUCCCACUCCAGUGUCCUACACAGCUGGUUUUUACCGUAUCCCUGUAGUGGGCCUCACCACCCGCAUGUCCAUCUACUCCGAUAAGAGCAUCCACCUCUCCUUCCUGCGCACGGUGCCACCCUAUUCCCACCAAGCCCAAGUGUGGUUUGACAUGAUGCGUGAGUUCCAGUGGAAUCACAUCAUCCUGAUUGUGAGUGAUGACCACGAGGGCAGAGCGGCACAAAAAAGACUAGAAACCCUGCUGGAGGAGAGGGAGACGAAGAGUAAAAACAGGAACUAUGAAAACCUCGACCAACUGUCCUUUGACAACAAGCGAGGACCCAAGGCAGAGAAAGUGCUCCUGUUCAGCCAAGACACAAAUCUGACUGCUCUGCUCCAGGAAGCCAAAGAGCUAGAGGCCCGAGUUAUCAUCCUCUCUGCAAGUGAAGACGAAGCCACAGCCAUUUACAAAGCGGCACGCCAGCUCAAUAUGACAGGCUCUGGUUAUGUGUGGCUGGUUGGAGAAAGGGAGAUGUCUGGUAAAGCACUGAGUGAAGCCCCAGACGGCUUGCUCGGCCUUCAGCUUAUCAAUGGCAAGAACGAGUCUGCGCACAUCUACGAUGCCGUGGCUGUGGUGGCCCAGUCCAUUCAGGAGCUCUUUGAGAAGGAGAAUAUCACAGAGCCUCCUCGAGGCUGUGUUGGCAAUACAAACAUCUGGAAGACUGGCCCACUCUUCAAACGAGUGCUGAUGUCAUCCAAGUAUCCAGAUGGCCUGACAGGCCGCGUGGAGUUUAAUGAUGACGGAGACAGGAGGUUCGCCCACUAUAGCAUUCUGAACUACCAGAAAACCCGGCUGGUGCAAGUGGGCGUCUACAAUGGCUCACAAGUUGUAAUGAACACUCAGAGGAAGAUUAUUUGGCCAGGAGGAGAGACUGAAAAGCCAAAGGGGUAUCAAAUGUCAACAAGAUUGAAGAUUGUCACCAUUCAUCAAGAGCCCUUUGUCUAUGUGAAACCAACACUACGAGAUGGAACAUGUAAGGAAGAGUACACUGUAAAUGGAGUCCUGAUCAAAAAAGUGAUCUGCACUGGCCCCAAUGAGACCAUUCCAGGUCGCCCCAUAGUGCCUCAGUGUUGCUAUGGGUUCUGCGUUGACCUUUUGAUCAAACUUGCAAUGACAAUGAACUUCACCUAUGAAGUGCAUCUAGUGGCUGAUGGCAAAUUUGGCACUCAGGAGCGUGUAAAUAACAGCAACAAGAAGGAGUGGAAUGGGAUGAUGGGAGAGCUCCUGAGUGGCUUGGCAGACAUGAUUGUGGCUCCACUUACAAUCAACAAUGAACGAGCCCAGUAUAUAGAGUUCUCGAAACCGUUCAAGUACCAGGGGCUCACAAUACUUGUCAAAAAGGAAAUACCACGCAGUACACUGGACUCGUUCAUGCAGCCUUUUCAGAGCACUCUGUGGUUACUGGUGGGUCUAUCGGUCCAUGUUGUGGCGGUGAUGCUCUACCUAUUAGACCGUUUCAGCCCGUUUGGAAGGUUUAAAGUAAAUAGUGAAGAGGAAGAAGAAGAUGCCCUCACCUUAUCCUCUGCUAUGUGGUUCUCCUGGGGUGUACUUCUGAACUCCGGCAUUGGAGAAGGUGCCCCUCGGAGCUUUUCAGCAAGGAUUUUAGGUAUGGUGUGGGCUGGUUUUGCUAUGAUUAUAGUUGCAUCUUAUACUGCCAAUUUGGCAGCCUUCCUAGUGCUGGAUCGGCCUGAGGAGCGCAUUACCGGCAUCAACGACCCUAGGCUGCGAAACCCAUCAGACAAGUUCAUCUACGCCACAGUGAAGCAGAGUUCUGUGGACAUUUACUUCCGGCGCCAAGUUGAGCUAAGCACCAUGUACCGCCACAUGGAAAAGCACAACUAUGAGAGCGCUGCUGAAGCCAUCCAGGCUGUGCGAGACAAACAGAUCUUGCUUCCACUGAAGCACAAGAUGUUCUUUGGAUCAUUCUCAAAUCAUGCUGGAUCACAUGAAUCAUCAGCAAACUCCACGCGUUUAUAUGGGAUUCAGCAGUGUUGGAGUUUGAGGCCUCGCAGAAAUGUGACCUGGUCACCACAGGCGAGCUGUUUUUCCGCUCUGGAUUCGGUAUUGGGAUGCGCAAAGACAGCCCAUGGAAACAAAAUGUCUCACUGGCCAUCCUCAGUUCCCAUGAGAAUGGCUUUAUGGAGGACUUGGAUAAAACCUGGGUCCGUUAUCAGGAGUGUGACUCCAGAAGCAAUGCACCAGCCACACUCACUUUCGAGAAUAUGGCAGGGGUGUUUAUGUUGGUGGCUGGUGGUAUCGUUGCCGGGAUCUUCCUCAUCUUCAUUGAGAUUGCAUACAAACGACACAAGGAUGCGCGCAGGAAGCAGAUGCAGCUGGCUUUUGCAGCAGUUAACGUCUGGAGGAAGAACUUACAGGAUAGGAAAAGUGGUAGAGCAGAACCCGACCCCAAAAAGAAAGCCUCUUUUAGGUCCAUCAGUACCAACCUGGCCUCCAACAUCAAGAGACGUAGGUCGUCCAAAGACACGCCAUAUCCUACGGACAUUACCGGCCAGCUCAACCUGUCAGACCCCUCUGUGAGCACAGUGGUGUGAAAGUGGAAAGAGAAAGAGAAUUUGACAGGCAGAAAGAAAGAGAGAGAGACUGGAAAAGCAGGAGGUGGUGGGCUCUGAAACAGGCCGCUUAAAACAACAUCUUCAGCACCGUCAUUUGAGCAAAAUCGACCCCGUCUCAGCAUAUGCACGCUGGAUAUAAAACUUUCAUGGACACUGUGCCAGAUUCAACCACACUGGAACAAAUUCACUGCCACACAGUUCACACUAGACCAACACACACACACACACAAAGUGCUUCACUUUUUACAAUUUUUUGCACAUAUCUAAAAAGUUUUUUUGUGAAAUGUGUAAAUAUAUACAGUAUUCAGACUUGUGUUUCUCCACAUUAGGUCAUCAUUCAGUCUUAACAAGAGAAAAUAAUACUGAAUUAGUUUUUCACUUUUAUGAUAUAGAUAUAAUUAAGUUUCAUACAAGUUAACAUGUAAUAUAUGUCUUUCUACCUCCACCUAAUAUAUAUGUAGCUUAUCUCGUUUUCUCGUUUGAAAAGAGCAAACACAGAACAUAUCUUUGACUUCUUUGUAUAUUUAGAUUUGAAAAAGUAGGUGAGGGUAGAAAUUGUGUUGCUAUAAAUAAUAGAGUAGGUGAAAGUUUGGCACAUUUUGAUCAUUGUUGCACUUUGCUGUACACUUUGUUUCUUAAUAUGCGAUUCUCUCCCUUCACUGCCAUUUUCAAAACACUCUACUAAAGUGGUCCAGGUUGAUUUGGGCACAUACUUUGGAUCUUUUUUCACUACUUUAUUUAUUAAUUUACGUUUUUAAUCUUUUAUACAAAAAUCAUUCUUUUUUGGAUGAGAAUAUCAGCAUAUAAUAUGGGGUCUGUCCAGCCAGGGGCUAAAUGUAGCAGAUCCGACCUUGUUUAUCAUGAAAGUUUAAAGACAAAACUUCAAACGAAUGAAAGGAACCCGUUUAUGAUAAAGAGUGGCGUAGAUGUAAUGAAGCAGA